AUACAGGGUGACGUAUGAGAGAUUCCGCCGCAGUCCACAGCCGUGGGCGCGAGCUCAUCAAGUAUAAAUCCCAGGAAUUCUGCUCGUCACUCACUCAGUCGCACCGACUCGGUUACCAGAGCUGAACUUCAGCGGAGAUAGCAGGCACUUUCUCAGCGCUCAGGCUAACUCGCUGUCGGCUUUGGUUCGAGAUGGAAACUCUCUCGACUGCACGGAGGUCUUGGAGCUUCAACAUCCACAACUUCAAAAGUGGGCUCACCCUAUGGCUGGUGUUGUGGUUGGUGGCGGUGAAGCCGAGUGGGGCGGGGACUUGUCCAAGGCUGUGUGUGUGUUACCCGUCACCCAUGACGGUAAGCUGCCAGUCUCAGAACUUCACCACCGUGCCUUCCGGAGUUCCCUACGACUCCCAGCGCGUCUUUCUGCAGAACAACCGCAUCACCGAGCUCAGAGCAGAUUCUUUUGGCUUCGAGACACAGGUUCUCUGGCUCUACUCCAAUAACAUCACAUUGAUUGAGGCUGGAGCCUUCAGCAACCUGAGGGUUCUAGAAGAGCUGGACCUUGGUGACAACCCAUCGCUAAGGCGACUGGAGGGUGGAGCGUUCCGGGGACUGGAGAAGCUGCAGAGCCUGCACAUGCAUCGCUGCAAGCUGGCCGCUCUCCCCCACGACCUCUUCCUCAAGCUCUACAGCCUGCAGUUCCUCUACCUGCAGGAGAACCAGCUGCACUUCAUCCAGGACGACCUCUUCUCCGACCUGGUCAACCUGAACCACCUCUUCCUGCACGGCAACCGCAUCCGCACUCUGUCCGAGAAUGCGUUCCACGGCCUGGUUAACCUGGACCGCCUCCUGCUCCACGACAACCGAAUCCGGCAGGUGAACCGCCGUGCUUUCCGCGACCUGGGCCGUCUGACCAUCCUCUACCUGUUCAACAACUCCCUGGCAGAGCUUCCGGGCCAGGCCAUGAAAGAUGCUGUGGCAGUCCAGUUCCUCCGCCUCAAUGGGAACCCCUGGUCCUGCGGCUGUGAGGCCCGCCCCCUGUGGGAGUGGUUCCGUACAGCUCGCAUCUCCUCCUCCGAGCUGAUGUGCACUUCCCCCUCCCCCCGCCGCGGACAGGACCUGCGCUUCCUUCGAGAGAUGGACUUUGCCCGUUGCCCCCUCCCCGACCCUGGGUCACUGGCCGGCACCACCACGACCACCUUCAGCACCAAGACAAGAUGGUGGUUCUCCAAGCACAAGCCUGUGGCUUCGUCCAAAGGAAUCUUCCAGAAGAGCUCCGAAACGGUCAAGGCGCACCCCUUCUCCUCGGUCAAGCCCAACCAGCCCUCCAACCCUUCCUCCAACUCCUUCUUCUCUAAGUACGAGCUUGCGGAGGAGGAGGUGAACCUGCCCAAGGUGGACCAGGAGGAGUACUGGGCCAACUACGGGAACGAAGAUGCCUCCGUGCGCUGCUUCGAGCUUGAGUGUCCGCCCGGCUACGAUACCCCGGUCCUCCUGCCCUCCUCCUCCUUCCCCACUCGGUCUUUCAUCCCUCUCCUUUCCCUUUCUGUGCUAACUCUCUGCCUCCACCUUCUCUUUGGCUGAACAGCCCCUCAGCUUCUUUUUUUCUCCAACUCUAUUUCUCCAACUCCUUUCUCUUUCUCCUCUGGACACCUGGAUCUUGAUUCCUUUCAGUUUCCCCCCUGGCCCCCAGGGGGCAGUACACUGAUGUAGGAGCAGGCAGGCAGGCAGUAGGGAGCUGCUCUCAGGAGUACAGGUGAGAUGCAGUGUAGGUCACCAUUUCAUUGGAAGGCACCGCUGCUGCUGAUAGAGCUGAGCUCAUUUUUCACUGAGAUGACACCACAGCAGCAGGUUCUGUCGCCAUUGACAGCACGAUAGUGUGGCCAGCUUACGCAAGUUCCAAUCACUACUGCUACUACCGCACUAACACACCACACACCAAGACAUCUAUACAUUUAGUACCACAACAUAGCACUGCAUUCAAUUCAUACCACUCAGUAAGCUGGUGGCAUUUUCAGGAAUUUUAUCACCAUAACUACUAGUUUGUAUUCGCAGCGAACAACGCAGGCGUUGUGACGCUGGCUAUUUUGUAUGGCGUCAAAACGCUCACCAUUGUCAACCACUGCGUGCCAGUCCUGCUAAGAAAAGAUUUUCAAAAGCAACACUUUCCUUUGGCUUCAUCUUUGUCACUGACCUUUCAACCUUCACUUCUCUACCUGAGAGACCAGGGACACCAGAGUGCUGCUCCUACAGGGCUACCGCAGCAGGAGACAGAGAACACGGAGGGUAUCUCAUAGAGGGAAUAGCAGGAAGACAAGAAUACUUAUGGAAAAAUACUGCAGUGAGACAUCUGUCACUGAAAUGGUAAAGGAGAGGUGGAUAGAUGUGAAGUAAAGGAUGUGGGCCUGUAUGUAACAGGGAUAGGACAGAAACGAAAAUACAAGACUUUAAAGGAUGCUGGCAAGCAAGAGACGGGAUAAAAGAGAGAGAGUGUGAGAGUGAUAGGAUUAAGAGUUGUUACGACAUACAACAGACAUCAGGCCAGGUCAGAGUGCCAGUAAGGGAGUGAAAACGAGGGUGCCUCUCCAUCUCCCAACAUUUGACAUGUCAUCUAUUUUUCCUGUCAACACCAUCAAUAAAAACCACACUGUAAAUAUCUCACACGAACUCCGUAGGUAGUGAUACACUUGUGACACUAGAUAGCUACAUACAUGACACUGCUGUGUAGUUUAUUGUAUGAAGCCCAUGCUUCAACAUUCUUCAGGUUUUCUAGUUUUUCUUUCUCUUUUUCCAUUGGUGAUUGUUGCCAUGAGAAACACCCUCAUGUUUAUUAGUGUACUGUAUGUAAAGAUUGAGGAGAUUUGAAAAGAUAUAUGGAAAUCUUUCCCUUCAAUAGUCCAUCUCUACCUCUUAUUUCUAAGUCUGUCGUUCCCCUCGUGACCACAGUGUGUGUCUCGCUCUGUGUUAAUGUGAGAUGAACACAGAAGGACAGUAUACUGGGAAGAACCUAUAGCCCAUUAUGGUGACUGAAGCCCGGGUCUAGCAGGGUUGAUCCAGUCCAAAGGAGUGACAGUGUCCUGCUGCGGGUCAGCACCAGAUAAGGAGUGCCCCAGUCAUUCCUUUAAUGUGUGUUUGUCAGUAGCCUCUCGUGCUAAAAGUCGUUUAACAAUCCCUCUCGUUAGCAAGCUGUCCUAUUUAAAUAAGUCUGACUCUAAGAGGAUUCCACUGGGAGUAGAAGACACAGCUGUUUGAUUCCAGAUCUAACACACACACACACACUCCCGACAGCAGGUGCAUGGAUGAAUGUACAUCUCUGUCAAAUCAAAUCAAAUGCAAACCCAACCAGGUAAUGAUGAGUGUCGGGGCAUUUCUGUUUGUCACUCCCCAUGUGCCACUCCCUCUCCUCCCCUGACCGUGUGGUUGAAUGGAAUAUGAAGGAAACUGUGACAAUGUUGCACAUUUUCUUUUCAAUGGAAGCUGUGAAUAAACAUUUUCUUGGUUUUACUA